GAGCGAGUGAUGCUCCGCUGCAGGUCUGCUCAACUGAACUGGGCUAACUAAUUCCAUCAUCAAGCUAGUUAGCAGCUGUGCGAUGCGCUCACCAACAACAGAAGAUGGACUAGCUGCUUUCCCCGCUUCACUGUUUGGAUAGUCGCUUUCGGUCCGCGGGUCGUUUUCUCGUGGUUGUAAUUAGCGUCUCCAUUCAUGCGGUGCCCUGUGCUGCUGUGGAGGGUUUGAGCUCAGAGUGGCGGGAGGCUCAGUCACCAGCUCGCAGGGACAGCACGGCUGAAUCACCGCAGAGUAGCAGCAUGGUGGUCCCGGACAGUUCCGGUGUGGUCCCUGAGCCCGAUAACGGCAGGCCCACCGGCCUCACGGAGAGCUCUGAUCCCGUGUGUGAAGAGGCCGAGGAGAGGGGUCAUGACCUGGCUGGAGUAGAGCUGGAGGAGGUGCGGAAGCUCCAAGAGCUGGUUCGCAGGUUGGAGGUCCAGAAUGAGACGCUGCGCAACAGGGGAGCCAAGAUUGUUAUCCCCAGAGGAGCCAAUAGCAACCUGAGUGCCGCUGACAAUAUCAACAAGAGGCUGACCUGUGAUCAGGUCAGGGUGGGCCACAGUGGAGAACCGGGCAGCACCGAUUGCAAACUGUCUCCCCCUCAGGACAACAACAGCAGUGGGGAAGAUAUGUCCCCUUUGCCCGUGAUCAGCAGGCUGGAAGACGACGACGACGAGGAGGAGGAGGACAGGGUGGAAGAGGAAGAUCUGGGCCCGUGUGGGAGCUUUCUUUCUCUAACAUGUAGAAACAGCAGCGAACGGUCUCAGGGGCAAAGCCAGACCCCUGAGAGCCCCUCUCAGGAGAGCUACGAGUCAGAGACGCUCACAGAGAGUGACUCAGGUGUGGACCAAACUGCGCUGGAUGAGGUGGAUGUCCUAGAUUUGGAAGAUGAGUGUUUGGAGGUGGAGGACGAGGACAGCUGGUUGUAUGUUUCUCCAAGAAAGCAAGUGGCAGAGCAAGGUCCGGACUCACCGCUGAAGUGGUGUCGGCAGGCCCUUGACCACCGCAGCCCGGAGACGGAAAUGGCUUGCCGGACAUUGAUCAAUCGUUUGGACCAGACGUCUCGAUGGAGAACCAUGUACUGCAGCCCGUCAGAGGGCGGCUCGACUAGCUCUGGCCUGAUCUCUCCUGGGUACCACAAAACGACUAACAAAUCCGUACUAACCUGUGGCAACUCAGCUGUCCCCAGCAUGCAUUCAGCCCUGAGCUCCCAGUCCUCUAUAGACAGCGAACUCAGCACCUCAGAUGACUCCAUCUCUAUGGGCUACAAGCUACAGGAUCUCACUGACGUGCAGAUCAUGGCUCGCUUACAGGAAGAGAGUCUUAGGCAGGAUUACGCUUCCAGCUCAGCCUCUGCGUCUCGCCGCAGCUCCACGACGUCUUUGCAGUCCCUGCGCCGCGGCGGUACGUACAGCGACCAGGAGUUUGACACGUACAGCCUGGAGGACGAAGAGGACGAGUUGUCAUCGGCUCCCCAGCGCCGGCAUCGCUUUACCCCGUCGCCGCUGGGCUCGCCUCGCUGUCUCUCUCCCUCCACCUCCAACCACGGGCAGGAGUACAGCAGUCGACUCGGGGCGCCGCGCACAAGAACGCCCAGGCGCUCUCUGCAGGGUCCCAGUGCAGAGCUGCUCAAAUUCGCCAAGAGUGAAGAGGAGUUGAGACACAGCAUGCCUAACCUGGCCCCCCGUACCAGCCUACGUUCCCUGGAGGCAGUCAGGAACAGCCGCAGCAUGGAGGCUAACCUCCAGAGCUCUGGCAACCGCAUGUCCCACCUGACCCGCUCCCCCUCCACAGGUAUGGCUUGUAGUCGUCUGCGGAGCAACGGUCAGUCUCCGCUCACGUUGCGAACUCCGGUCAAAGCCGUCAACCCUGUGGGCUCCAUGUCAGCUGGUCAUCAGUCUCCCAGAGGUCUCCCAGUCAUCCAGUCGCUUCCUGUGGCAGGCGGUCGCCGGGUCCAGUCUCCAGGAUCCGUGAAUGGAGGAAGCUACGUACCUGGGAGGGCUUCGGUUGGGGGAGGAAGGCCUGCGGUGGGGCGGGGUCAGGCUGUGUCAUCAAUCUCCACAAGAAGCAAACUCACCCAGCCUCCCAGGAGGUCUUUAGGCAUGACUAAAAUCUCAGAUGAAUCCUGGAAAGACGGCUGCUACUGAGUUCUUCCCGUCCUUGAGGAUGCUGGAACACUAACCCCACUUUCCUGUAUUUGAAGAAACUCAGCCACUGUGUCCCUAAAUGAGUCUCAGAACCUCAAGGUCCUUUAUUUCAGGCUGGAUCCCUGGACUGCACUGGAUUUGUAGUUAAUCUCCUUCCUUUGCAUGAUACAUUGUCAACCCACACAUAGAGACAAAGAGAGGAUGUGUAGGACGACGUGGAGUUGCACAGGCACACUCCAUUAGUUACGUGGACCAACUCUGGAUUUCCUACAGAAAAAAAAAAUCUAUAUAUAUGUUUAUGUCAAUUUGACAUAUUUUUCUAUGGUGAUUUUGAGAAACUGCUGGAAUUUUAGGGGUCGUAUUUCUGCACUGUUGCUGUAAUUGAAAUGAAGACAAAAAUGAAGAUAUUGCUGGUUUGUACAUUUGAAUAACUAGAUGAAAGUACAGUGUUGCAUGCUGGGUUUUGUUGUUUUACCCUUUGCUCAACAGUCUUCUCAUCGUUGUCUUAACUGCAAUAUGACAAAUCUUCCAUGUGUUUCAACAAUGAUCUGUGGAAACUUACAAAUGUUUGAGUGACUUGUUGUGAAUUGUGUCGUGUUUGUGUUCUGCUACAUGCCUACACAGCAGUGCAACUCUUCUCAACCACACUGCCCUUAUUGAUAUCUGAAAAAAAACACAUAGUUUGUGCCAAGGUGCAUUAAAGCUGGAACUCUUGCAUUCUAUGAACAAUUGAAGGUACUGAACACGACUGAACUUCACAGGCAUUUUUACUGCAUAUCUGAAGGUGAAUUGAAGGCCUGCUUUUUGUAAAACACUGUAUUAAAAAACAUGUUUAUGCACAGAGGCCUCGUGCCUUAGUCAGCUAUGCACCCUCAUAAAGAGUGCCUCUGAAAUUUGGGAGCUGUGAUGAAAAUGAAUAAACUUGACCCUGAAGCAGUAA